AUGGCGUGCUGGCAAUGGUGCCGUCGGACCUGCGUUUGUUUCCUGGAUGAUGAAGAGAGGCAGACUAUUGCUAUUGACAAGGAGAUUCAGAGGAUUCUCCGAAAGCAGAAGAAGAGAGAACGCACAGAAAUCAAAGUUCUUUUACUUGGUACGGGGGAGAGUGGGAAAACCACCUUCAUCAGACAGAUGAGGAUCAUCCAUGGAAGAGGCUUCUCUGAGGAGGAAAGACGGGACUUCGCCAAGCUCAUCUACCAGAACAUCUUCACAGCUGUGAAGGCUUUGACCCGGGCCAUGAUUACCCUCAGACUGCCCUAUGCCUACCCAGAGAAUGAGAUGUAUGACAGGUGGGUGCAGGAUGUGGAUGUCUCUGUCACCCAGCUGGACAGAGGCAAUGUGGAUGCUAUCCGCCAUCUCUGGGCCGACCCAGGCCUCCGGGUCUGCUACAGCCGCCGCAGCGAGUACCAGCUGUUGGACUCCACAGAGUACUACAUGACAAAUCUGGACCGCAUAUCAGCCCCAGACUACAUCCCCACUGCUCAGGACAUACUGCGAGUUCGAUUCCCCACCACCGGCAUCCAUGACUACUCCUUCACUGUGGAGAAAAUCACACUCAGGAUUGUGGAUGUGGGUGGACAGAAGUCAGAGAGGCGGAAGUGGAUCCAUUGUUUUCAGGACGUCACAUGCCUCAUUUUCCUGGCUUCCCUCAGCGAGUACGACCAGGUCCUGGAGGAGAGAGAGGCCGAUAACCGUAUGGAGGAGAGCUUGGCUCUGUUCUACACCACCAUCCAUUCCCCCUGGUUCCGCAACACUUCCAUCAUCCUCUUCCUCAACAAGACAGACAUCCUCGCUGAUAAGAUCCAGGCGUCCGACCUGCAGAAGUACUUCCCAGGGUUCACAGGAAAGCGACGUGAUGCUCAGGAUGCUAUGAAGUAUAUCCAGAAGAUGUAUACGCAGCAGACUCGCAGCCGGGACAAGAAGGAGAGCAAGAGGCUGUACCACCACUUCACCUGCGCCACCGACACCAACAACAUCUGCAAUGUAUUCAAUGCCGUCAAGGACACGAUGCUCCUCGAGGUCAUCAAGACCUAUGAGAUGAGCUGAUGGGCCUUGGGGCCCGCCUGCCUGGGGAGCAACACUCAACCAACA